AAAAACGUCACUGUUGACAGUGACAGUAGUUGGCAAAAACCAAGAAUCAAGAAUAGAUAUUUUAAAAUAAUAAAAAUGUCUUAUAUUGUAGGACCUAACGUUGUUAGAUAUGCUUGUACUUGUGGUCUAUUGAAACCAAUAUCAUAUUUAUAUUUUUGCAGAUAUUGUACGCAACUUCGUUGCAGUUUUUGUGUCUGCCAUGAGGUGGAUUCGAACUUUUGUGGAAAAUGCUCAGAAAACAUUCCAUCUUCUGAAGCUAGAAUAAAAAAGAACAGAUGUGGAAAUUGUUAUAUUUGCCCCAGUUGUGAACAGGAGUUGUCUCCUAGAAUUGCUUCAACGAAAGCUCCCGCAGAAGGAGAAGAAAAAGUUGUAACUAAGAAAAUGUAUUAUUUAUAUUGCCAGUUUUGCAGAUGGAGCUCUAGAGAUGUUGGAAUUCCUGAUCAAUCCACAGUCACUGGAGGAUGGCCGGAAAGAGAAAAUGUACACACAAAUAGACUGCAAGAAUUGAUUGACUUAUACAAAGCUAUUGUUGUCGCUCAAAAACAGCAACAAGAAAAAGAUAAAAAGAAACAAAGGGGGAAAUUUGUUAGUUAUACUGAUAGAACUGGAGUUACAGCAGCUGCUCUUCGUAAAAGAAUAGGAUUACCUGCUGAUUUGACUCACCCCUUAUUGAAAUCGAAACCUAAGGAACCUGAGCCAGCAAAAGCAAAAACAGAAGUUGUAAAGCUGCCUGAUGAUAUUUUCACCAAACCACUUAAUCUAAUGGAAGUUACAACAAUUGAACAACGUCUAUUACAACCAGAGUCUCAACCAAUUACUGUGGAUAAACUAUUUCCUGUUCAUAAACAGCUCUCCAUCAAACGUACUCUGAGAUGCAGAUCAUGUGAGCAUAACGUUAGCAAACCAGAAUAUAAUCCGAGUUCAGUUAAAUUUAAGAUUCAACUUUUUGCUUAUUAUCAUAUACCAGAAGUACGAAUCGUAACAGUAGAGCCACUGAGGGCGGGAAAAACGAGUGAAUUGAUUUUGAAAUUUACAAAUCCUACUCAACAUCAAACAACUAUCACUUUUUGGGAACUGGAUUUAGAAAAACAACAACAAGAAGUUAAUGAGAAUAAAAUGGAUCAAGUUACUGAAAGUGUUGACAAUUUGAGCAUUGCAGAGAAACAGUCUUUUUCUUUAUCAAGUCAACCAAGUAGUUUAUUGAGCCUUUCAUCUAGAUCACCUUCAAUUGUAGUAAAGCCCAGGAAAAUAGCCGAAACACCCAACUGCUCUGUUGAAAUUCCCACUAGUAACUUUAUUCUUCCUCCGAGAGAUGAUGCUGCUGAAUAUGAUGAUUCUGGAGAUACUCAUAACAUUCAAGAUGAUACUAAAUUAGUAAAAUGGAGGAAAUCGAAUAAAGCUUUUAUCAGACUCAACAUAACUCCGAAUGCUGAUCUUCCUUUAAACACGGAAAUUGUAUGUGGUUUUACAAUGGAGCAUAUCUACACUAACGCCAUCACCGGACAGCAAGAUAAAAAGGAGCCUCAAAAAUAUAAACAUAAAUUGAGAGUAUUUUUAACUUUAGGACAGUUGGUAGGAUCUGAGUAAACCCAUAUAUUUCAAUCGUGUGAGCAGUAACUGUUCUAAUUAUUAUGAAAGUAACUUUCGAGCAAUCCUACUAUGCCACAAAUUCAUAUAAAAUCUUCAUCAGCUAAUAUAUCUCAGACUUUGAAGUCAUCUAAAAAUUAUUUAAUAGAAAUGGUCACAGUGAGGAUGGAUAUAAACAUUUUUUUCUACCAAAUCAGACCCCCCUCCCCCCUCCAUUUGUAAAAAACUAUUGAUUUUAAAGCCAAUCAUUCUACUCAACAUUCACUUUUUUCAGUUUAUCAUUGAUUUUAGGUAAAUACAGUGGAAACUCUAUUAACCGAACUAAUUGUUGUCAUUAGGGAUUCUGAUAAUCGAAUGUAUGACAAAAAGCGGGUUUUGGGAAUUAAAAUAAGUUUAAUAAUAGUAAUAUUUCCUAAUGAAUAAUAUUAAUAAAAAAUAAUAAUAAGUAUAAUUUGGUUUAAAAUAUUUGGUAAUUGGCAUUUGACGUAAGCUACUUUUUCUCUUCACUGCUGCUGUAUCACGAAUUCUCUGUUUGUUUUUCAAAACCUUUGAGAGCUGUUUCCAGAGCCUGAAUUGCUUCAUCAUGAAAUGCUCCUACAUCAUUUUUCACGUCUUCUGUUUUAUCUUCUUGCAUUUCCUGCUGUUCAUUUAUCUGCAAUAUGUUUGAUCUGUAAUGCUUUUUCACAGAGUAAAGGGCCAGAAAUCGGUUGCCCAGUUGAUAGUUUUUGUAAAAACCAACAAUACAAAGUGUUUUCUAAAAGUUCGUUUUUCGGUUUUUUCAUCAUUUUCUAAUGUUUACUCCGAUCUUCACUAUCUAAUUUGCAGGUGUACAACAAAUUUGAAUCGGUAUUCUUCCUAAUCAUCACUUUUUUUUAUACUGACUUAUCGCACUUCCACAGCAAUUAGUUUUGCUGGGAAACUUUCACCUCCACUGCGUGUUCCUGCGUCGCGGUGGGGCUCGGACGGUUUGUAUGUCCUCUGUUAGUCGCUUUUAUCUGAACUCCGCUCAUUAAUCUUUUGGCACCAUUAACAAAUAUUUCUUCAUAAUGAUGAGCUGCCUUUUUUGUGAUUCCUUCUUUUCUAUUUUGCUCCCUACGUCUCCCUUCCCCUGCUACAUGCAGGGAUGAGGAGUUCGGGUCUAUCUAUUAUCUUUAGGGAAUGCAAAUCUCGCGAGAUCGGGGCUCAAGCGAGAUCCCGCGAGUUUAUGAAUAACAAUACUGCGAGAUCUCGCCAAUUUCGAGAUCUCGCGAGAUUGGCAAUUUUGUGUGUAUUUUUGCAAAUAAUCACAAUAUUUGAAUAAAUUAGGAAAAAAGUAAUAAAAACUAUAAGUAUUAUAAGAUAAACAUUUAUUUUCACGAAUUUUUUUAAUAAACUUCUAAGUAGUAAACUUUGACGUACGUAUCUAUCAAAUAACAAAUGAAAGAAACAACCAGUCUUCUCUUCUAAUAUCAAACAAAAAUCUUUUAUUAAUAAAACAGUUCUUUUAUAACAAACAAAACAACGAGAAGUCAAAAAAAUGAAACUUAUUAUCUAAGUUGAGUUGACUAGUAAACUGAGAUAUUAUUAUCAAUUAAAUAAAACUAUAUCUACUCAGUAGAUCCAUUAGAUAUUACAGAUUAAUUAACAAAAUAUACCAAUCAAAUGAAAUAUUUGUUCAGUUUAAAUCACAAGCUAUUAUUACGAAUUAUUUUGAAAGUAGCUCCUUAAGAAGCACAAAAUGUCCAAAGAAUCGUCUGCUAAACGGCUUCUUAUUUUGUUGGCCAGAUAACCAGCCGCUGAGAAGGCCCUUUCGGAUUCAACGCUAGUUGGAACCACAGAUCUCAGGCAGUUAUCCACGAACUGUAAAAGUUCGCCUUUUGACCCCCCGGACUCGUAUAAAUUCAUUUCCUUUUUGAUUAAUGCCUCCAGAGAAUUCGUAGUUAGUUUUCUGUCUCUAGGUUCUUUGAACGCAGCAGUCAAUGUUUCCUGAAGUUCUUCUUGCAAUGAAAUACUCUUGCGUGUCUCAAAAAGAGAUGAAAGCGGUUCAUUAUCGCCAUCAUCAAAUUCAGUUAUAUCAUUAGCGGUAGCAGCUGAUGUUGAUGCGAUCGACCAAGAUGGAUCUGAAUUUGUCUGUGUCUGUGAAUUAGUCAGACUGUGUUGCGGAUGCAAACGCUCUAUAAGUGAUUUAAUUUCAGUUCGAAUCACGUUUUUCGGAGGUAACUUAAAUGUUUCGUCUUUCGCAAACUCUUCUUUAUCUGCUUGGUAUUUAGCUGGAUCUCUAAUAUACAACAAGCAUGCUGUCAAAUUCGUCCGACGCUCAACAAUGCGCUUUCUCAAGGAGCCAGCUAGUUUUUCUGCCAAUGGAGUUUUUAGCUCUUCCAGUUUGCGAAUCAUAAACCUAAGUGUUGUUUCUGCGAUAGCCAAAUCUGUAUCUUGACGACAUAACACCUCCACAGCCAGUUUUACAGGUUGAAAUGCCUUGUCUAAGUUCGCUAAAACCUCAUGUUCUUCCGCAUUCAAAGAGUAGUUCGGAUCAGCUUCCAGGCUGAGGUCGAUCAAAGCUUUGCUGACACACAGCUUGAUUCUAAUAAAUGUAGAAAUCAUGUCUGCUAGGCUUGACCAUCGAGUUUUACAAUCAAGUUGUAACUUAAUUUCUUUUCCAAAUUCUUGCUUUACGUAUAUUUGCAGAGUAUCAUUUUUAGUAGGUGAUCUUUUAAAAAGUUUCACCAAUUUCCUAACUUUCUCAAUAAUACCCGCAUAUUCUGCAUUUAGGUCUACUUCUAUUCUGGGCAUAGAGCAAUGAAAAACAUCAUCUUCUGAGACUGAGCCUGUGCUAGAAAUUUCGUCCAUUUCCAAAGGAAUCUCAUCGUCGUUUUCCUCAUUUUCAGAUUCUAUCACAGGUUCCUCAGCAUCAGUUUGUUUUUUAUAAAUAGUAUCUAUUAUGCCAAGUUGUACUCCAUGGGCAUAGCAGAGCUGAUGUGAAGGUGAUAUCAAUCGACCCAACUUUUUCAUCACACUUGCCCCAUCUGUAGUAAUAUUGAUAAAAUCUUUUUCCAAAAUAAGGCCAAAUUCGAUUAACUUUGUUUUUAAAAUACUGACACCACUUUCAGCAGGCACACUUCCAAAGACGCGAAUCAGCCCCAAGUUCCAAAACAGAGCAUUGCCGUUCAAAAAUGUGUGUACGUUUACAUUCAUGUAUCGCUUGUUCAUAGAAGAAGUCCACUCAUCAAAUGUUAGCGUAAAUCUGUGAUCAUUCUCCUUCAGUUGUGCCAAUUCACGCAUUAUUUUCAUUUUCAAUGUCAUGCCAUAAUUCAUAACUAUAAGUUUAAUUGUGUUUGGGGACAUAGGCAGUUUGUGUCCCGAAGAAUUGAAGAGAUCUCUCAUAUCUUUUGAAGUACAGAAAACACGGAAAGGUAGUCCAUCUUUGGCUACCAUUCUUGAUACUUUUUUCUCCAUAGAAGUAUCUUCAACCGGGAGGAAAUGAUCAGUAAUUUUUUGCCUCUUCUUCCUUACUGGUGGCACUGGUGCCGACGAUCCUGGUGAUUCUGGACUAACAUUCGCCGUAGAUGCGGAUGCUGUUACUAAUUCCAUGUUUUGAUUAGUAGCCCCAGUAUUUGAUGAUGGUGGCGGCAACGACAACGGCGGAGGUGAUAUGACAUUCUUCGUUUUCGUGUCAAUUUUAUGAAGCGAUUUUAAAUGCACAUGUAAGCCACGCGGAGAUCGAUCUUUGGUUUUAAGAAUCUUCUUACAAAGUUUGCACUUAGCACUCAAUCCAUUUUCCGCUCUCAAAAAGUAUUUCCAUACUUCCGACACACUCUCAUAGUCUUUAUAAACUAUAUUCACCGACAUCGUUCGUUAUUCCACUCGGAAAUCACAUAAGAAACUUUUUUUUGCAUAAAUAACCAAAAAAAUACUCGAAUGCAAUCAAACUCAAUCACGUUAGCUAGCAACAACUAUUAGUAAACAAAACAAAUGCGCGCUGCACGCCGGCUCAAUUUUCGACCAACCUCAGGCAGGCCGCCGCCUCCCGCGCACCGAACGAAACCGACAGAUCGCAACUUCGUCCGUGUCAGUCCGCGCUUCGAAUAAGAAUAAGACGGUUUUAUGCUCGAGUGCAAUCUCGUUAAACUCGCGAGAUCUCGCCCUUUUUUCGUCCGAGAUCAAUCUCGCUAAAAAAGGCCGAGAUCUCGCGAGAACGAGAUUGCAUUCCCUAAUUAUCUUCUAAUGUUGCUGUGUGUUUGGACCUCUUUGUCUACUGUCCUGUUCCUUUCUUUUUAGAAUUUUUUCCACCAUACUCUCAACGGCUUUCCAUUUAAAAUCUGCUUCCAUCAUGAUCUGCACUAUAUUUUCUGGUCGUAACUCAGCUCUUACUGUUAUUUCAGACAAGUUUCUAAUAUCUGCCCACGCAGGACAUCUGAAAAUUGUGUGCUCUGCAUUAUCUAUCUCCGAGCUACAGUAUAGGCAGAGGUCAUUUUCAGCUUUACCUAUUCUCCUAACAUAACUUUGGAAGGAGCCAUGGGCUGUCAUUGUUUGGGUCAAAUAGUAUCCAAUUUCACCACAGGAUCUCUCAUACCACGGCGUAAUAUCUGGUAGCAGUUUGUGAAGCCACACGUCCUUGUCGCUGGCGUUCCAUCUAUUUUGCCAUUUCUGUACCGUUUCUUUUCAAAGAGCCUUUUUCUCACCUGCUGUCAUUCCUAUCGCUCUCGAUCUCUCUUCAACUAGAAGAUCUAUAGGUAUUAUUCGUGCAAGUACUCUUGUAGCCCGGUUGAGAUUGUACGAUAGCCCCUGCAUAUUCUGAGGGUUACUCUUCUUUGUACUCGGCUGGCUACGGUGUUAUAUUUGUUAAUUUCUAGAACACUACCCCAGAUUGGAGCUGCCUAUAAAAGUAUAGAUUCCGCCACGCACCCCAGAAUCCUCCUUUUUGCUUCACAUGGGCCUCCCAUAUUAGGCAUUAGACGACUGAGAGCAGAAACUGUAACGUUCGCUUUGUUACUCACAUAUCUGAGGUGUUCAGUGAACUUGAGCCUUCUGUCUAUGAUUACACCUAGGUAUUUCACAUGGUUCUUUGGGUGAAUGGCGAGACCUCCGAUUUUAAGUUCUAUUGGGCCAUGACGUUUCUUCCCAACUAUCAUCACAGCUUCUGUUUUCUCGGGAGCUAUCUUAAGUCCAACUGACCUCAUCCAAGCUUCUAUUUCUUCCAAAGCAUCAUUACACCUUUCCAUUAGAACUUGUUCUGUUUUGGCUUUGAUCAUGACUGCGAGAUCAUCUGCAUAGGCCACUGUCGAUACUCCUUCCAUUAGUCCUAAGUUUAAAACCCCAUCAUAGAUAAUGUUCCACAGCAAUGGGCCCAUAACACUACCUUUUGGCACUCCAGCUGUAAUGGGUACCAUCUCAUCCUCCUCUAUACAGAGAGACCUGCUAGAAAGAUAACUGCUCACCAUUCUUAGGAUGUAAGGAGAUAUGUCCCUCCUCUCCAGUUCACCUAUUAUCUGCUGCCAGUCUACUGUGUUAAACGCAUUUUGAACAUCCACUGUAACAAGUGCACACAAUUGUCUAUUUCUAAAGGUCUUCCGCUGCUCUUCUCUCGCAAAGCUGCAAACACUUUCUAUGGCAUUUACUGUAGACAUACCCUUUCGAAAACCAAAUUGCCUGUUAGAAAGAUUUUGCUUGUGUUCAAGCUCUUUGCGUAUCCUUUCUGAUAGUAAGUGCUCUAAGAGUUUCCCUAAGGUGUCCAGUAAGCAUAAGGGUCUAAAGGAUGAUGGGCUAGGCCCGUCCUUAUUAGGUUUCCGUAGUAGUACCAGCCUAGCCAUUUUCCAGCAAGUAGGGAAGGGGCCCUCUCUAAGAAGCGUGUUGAACAUUUUCAGUAAGUAUUCUACUCAUCUAAUCAUCACUUAUCGUGGAUGUACCUACACCAUACUCAUCAGCUAACUUACGACCAGUUUCUGCUUUUUUUAAUGAAUCAAUAAUAUAUAUUUUGUCUUGAAGUGAUAACACGCUUUGACAUUUUCAAAUAUUUAGACGCGACACGCACAUCAGCGUGGGGCAGCAACCCGAGGGGCGCGGACGGGGUAAUGCCAGUUCCGACUCGUUGGUGCUUGCAUAAAUUCGACUUUUAGUACAUAUGUUAAAGAUUUUGUAACUUGGCUCAAUAUUACUUAAUUAUUUAAUUGGUCGCAGUUGAUAGUCCGGAAAAUCGCGAAUGCUUAUAACUGAGGGCCGGAUAAUCGAGGUUCUACUAUAUUUUCUGUUUGAAAAUUCUUCAUCGGCGAAAAUUGGUUCAAUUUGUGAACCAACAAAAACCCAGCUCUAACAUUUGCUUCUGUUAAUUUAGGAAAAAAUCGAAUCGAAUCAUAUUUUACGUUUUGUUGUCAGACACAAAACUCUGUUCUUACAGAAUAUAGUGCUUAGCAUCCGCUCUGGUAUCCCAUAAGAACAGGUAACACGGAUACUUUGUAUAUCUGACCAUUUUGAAAUUUCCAAUCAGUUACCAGUUAUACUUUACUGAUUUAAGCAAAAUUUUAACACUUUCAUAAUUUUUUUUAAAUGUACUGAAUGAGUCAAUGUAAGAGAUGGAAAUUCAUUUCCGUUGUGUAAUAAAACAGCUUUUAAGCUCUUUGUAGAGCUGUCAAUGAAUAAACGCCAUUUUCUAGGAAUACAAGGUAUGCAAAUUUCUUCGAAUAUACCUAUUAGUCGUUACUAAAACAAAGUCCAUCUUUUGUAAAAAACGUUGAGAACGUUUCAUGCCUAGUUCGCUGAUUUGUGAUAUUAACAUCAGCAAGCAAAUUCCACAGUUUUAAACGAGAGCCUGAAAGCUCUGCUUUAUUUUUCAGCAAAUUCAAGUCAUUAAAAUCUUCUGUAAUUAUAAUAGGGUGUUUUGGUGAUUUUGGUAAAGGUGAAAAUUCGUUAACAGAAUUACUUCUGUUAGAACUAAGAGAUGAGCUACUUUUUUGAGAAAAUUUUUUCGGAGGGAUAUUUGAUUUACAAUGCAAAAGUAGUAGUCGUCGAAGUGGUCUUUCGGUUUUCGCCAGAUUCUUGGUAUUGCAAGAUUCAUAGACCUGUUCUAACCUCGGUACCAACCGGAAAUAAAGAAAUAAACAUUAAUAUGUUAGAAAAUUGGAUUCGAAUUAAAAACUGCUCACCUGCCAAAUAUCUUUUACAAUAAUUGCAAGAAGCAUGUGGAACUCAUGGCUUGUCUUGAUUCCGAACAGAACAGUGAAAAUAUGCUUCGUAGGCUUCGCAGAGAACAUGAGAUGUCUUUAGUUCAUAUUUUAUGUUUCAAACUUUAAUACAUAAAACGAAAUGCAUCAGCAUCAUAUUUACACCAGCCAUCUGGAGCCACAGUGUGAAUGUAAAAACCCUACUCAGAUCUCGCAGUAUUUUUGAAUGUAUUAUAACUAAUUGACAUUUAUAAAAAAAUUUGAAAAUUAUUUCUUCAACUAUCACAAAAGCAAACUUAAUAUCAAAAAAAGUUAUUGUCUUUUCGUUUUUGUGUAUAAUUGACUGAAAAAUAAUAAUAUAAGAUUUAGGGCAAAAAAGAAAAAUUUUUUUGUUGAGUCGUGUAUCUUAGAUUUAUUGGUAAAAUGAAUAAUUUCUGCUUCAAUUAAUUCAUAGCUAGAUAUUUGUUAUUUAUUCUAAAUCUUUUGGAGCUUUAUUUAUUAAUAUUGUUCAAUAUUUAUUUCAAAUUUUGUAUUUUAAAUAAAGAUUCAAUUUGA